GCCAGGAGUGUAUAAACAUAUUUCGCAUGAAAUCACCCAUCAUGUUUAUAGAAGUGAGUGAAAGAAAACAAUUUCGGACGUAGCCGAAAAAGUUAAAGCAGCGGAGAUUUUUGCACCGAACGCCAGUCAAUUCGCACAAUUCAGGAAAGAAUUAUCAGCUCGAAAUUUGAAAAAUAUUUCACCCAAGGAACUACCAAAACCUGCAUAAUGAUUAAGAUCAUCAGUUUGCUAGUUAUUAUCGCAAUUGUGACAAGCAGCGCGACUCCGAUUAAAACCGGUCCACCAUCUACUACUCUUCCUGUACCACGGCUUGUCAGAAAUGCUUCACCAGUAACUGAGGCUCAAAACGAACAAUUCGCAACAACUACGGCACCGGAAGUAGGUAUCUCAGACGACAUGGCUAAGGCUGAAACGUUCGGUUUUGGUUACCAUCAGCACAUCUAUGUAGCCCCUCAAUAUGGCGAUGGAUAUUAUGGCGGAAAUUACGGAGGAUAUUAUCCAUACCGAUCUUAUUACCCCAAUUACGGUUAUGGACAAGGUUAUGGAUAUCCGUGCUAAAAGUGAUACAGCAAUAAUAAA